AUGAAGCAAAUCUACGGCCCGGUGCCCAGUGCCGCUGCGCUGAAAACGGAGAAGGACGAAGAACGGUUCAAGAAGAAUCAGAAUCAAAUUCAGAAUAAGAAUCAGAAUCAGAGCCAGAAUCAGAAUCUGAAUCAGAGUCAGAAUCAGAGCCAGAAUCAAAAUCAGAAUCAGAGUCAGAUACAGAAUUAGAAUCAGAGCCAGAAUUAUAAUCAGAAUCAGGACCAGAGCCAGAAUCAGAAUCAGAGUCAGAGUCAGAGUCAGAAUCAGAAUCAGAACCAGAAUAAGAAUCAGAAUCAGCAGAAUCAGAAUCAGAAUCAGAAUCAGGAUCAGAUUCAGAGUCAGAAUCAGAAUCAAAAUCAGAAUCAGAAUCAGAAUCAGAAUCAGAUUCAGAGUCAGAAUCAGAACCAGAAUCAGAUUCAGAAUAAGAAUCAGAAUCAGAUUCAGAGUCAGAAUCAGAUACAGAAUCAGAGUCAGAUACAGAAUCAGAAUCAGAAUCAGAAUCAGAAUCAGAUACAGAAUCAGAAUCAGAAUCAGGAUCAGAUUCAGAGUCAGAAUCAGAAUCAGAAUCAUAAUCAGAAUCAGAUUCAGAGUCAGAAUCAGAAUCAAAAUCAAAUCCUGCUAUCAUAA